UGCAGUUGGGAUUAGGAGGCUCUUAUUCCGAGCUGGUGUAGUUGUUCUUCGUGGCGCUGCGAAGUCUGCCUUUGGUCAAAUGGCCAAACUACUCCAAGCUCCACCGAAGUUCCUGCCCUCCGAGUGGCACCUUGCUAACAAGAGCCAGUACCACAAAGCAGAGGCUGAAAGGUCCCGGUCCGAACGCCUGGUGGCAGAAAGCCAGAGGCUUGUGGAUGAAAUCGACAAGUCCACGAGAAAAUCUCAAAGCGAUGUGAACAAGAAGCUAGAACAGAGACUUGAGGAAGUCAAAUUCUGGAAGAAGGAGUUAGAUGACAAACUUGAGCAGCUUGUAUAUGCGACCGAAGAUCUACUCGCCUAUCAGACCAGAUUGCGGAAAGCCCUGGAGAGCCUGAAGGAGCCCUUGCACAUCACGCAGAGGUGCCUGGAGUACAGGGAGCAGCGAGUGGGCAUCGACCUGGUGCAUGAUGAAGUCGAGGAGGAGCUACUGAAGGAGUACGAGAUGAUCCAGGGGGUGAUAGCCCUGCUGACCCGCACCCUGGAGGAGACCACCGAGCAGAUCAGGCUGAACCGCUCUGCAAAGUACUAUCUCGAAAAGGAUUUGAAAGACAAGUUUGUGGCCCUGACCAUUGAUGAUAUCUGCUUCUCACUCAACAACAACUCGCCAAACAUCAGAUAUUCUGAGAAUGUCGUGAGGGUUGAACCAAACUCUGUGAGCCUGGAAGACUGGCUGGACUUCUCCAACACCAACGUGGAGAAGGCUGACAAGCAGCGGAACAACUCCCUGAUGCUGAAGUCCCUGGUGGACCGAGUCCUGUCCCAGACGGCCAGCGACCUGCGCAAGCAGUGCGACGUGGUGGACACGGCAUUGAAGAACGGGCUGAAGGACACCAAGGAUGCCAGGGACAAGCUGGCUGGUCAUUUGGCCAAGGUCAUGGAAGAGAUUGCUUCCCAGGAGAAAAACAUUGAAUUUCUUGAAAAAGCCAUCCUGGACCAAGAAGGGCCUGCCAAGGUGGCUCAUACACGCCUGGGGACCAGGACGUGCCGGCCCAAUGUGGAGCUGUGUCGCGAUAUGGCCCAGUACAGGCUGAUCAGGGAGGUUCAUGAGAUCACCCACAACAUUGCAAGAUUAAAGGAAACAUUAGCCCAAGCUCAGAUGGAGCUGAAAGGGCUGAACCGCAGACAGCUGGCCCUGCAGGAGCAGAUCCAGAUCAAAGAGAACACCAUCUACAUCGACGAGGUGCUGUGCGUGCCCAUGAGAAAGUCCAUCCCGCUGCGGGAUGGGGACGACCACGGGGGUUGGGCCGGGGGCCUCCGCCCGGACGCUGUCUGCUAAAAGUAGGGACCGCUCAGAUGCUCAUUAAACCUUAU